ACUCUAUAAUCAAUAUAUUUACUCUUUUCUUCUCUUUUUCUUUACUUCGCUGUGUGGUCUCUUAAUAAUCGUACGUGCUUAUCUCAACCCAUAAACAAAACACUCUGUUUGCUGGUGUAAGAAGAGUUUGCCGUGUUCUGUAAUGAAAAACCACUGAAGCAUUGUACUUUGUUUCUGCUUUUCGAGAUGGGAAAAUUCAAGUCAUUUUCUGUUUCUUUACUCAUAGCUUUCCUCUUCUUUUCUUUUUUCUCUUGUGGAGAUUCUCACUUUCAGGACUCCCAAACAACACUUUCUACAGGUGGGAUAGAGAAAGGGGUGAAAAGAAAUCUGCUUGAAGAUGGAGAAAAUAGUGAGACCCCUGUGAACUCAUCCUAUCUGAUUUUGGCUGCAAAGAGGACAUACAGAAGAGACCCUCUUGAUGAUUUCAAGAAAUAUACAGGAGGAUGGAACAUCAGUGAGAAGCAUUACUGGGCUUCUGUUGGUUUCACUGCUGUUCCUCUCUGGGUUAUUGCAGCUCUCUGGUUUGUGCUAUUUGGGCUGUGCCUGUCUCUCAUUUGUCUAUGCUAUUGUUGUUGUCGAAGGGAACCUUAUGGCUAUUCACGUGUGGCUUAUGCUCUCUCACUUAUAUUACUCAUUCUCUUCACCACUGUUGCCAUUGUUGGAUGUGUUAUAUUGUACACUGGUCAGGAAAAGUUUCAUAAUAGCACAUCAAAAGCAUUAUCGUAUGUUGUGGAUACUGCUAAUAGCACCGGGGAGAAACUCAGAGAUGUAUCAGAAUAUCUUGGUGCUGCUAAGAAAAUUGAAGUGGAUCAAGUUUAUCUGUCUACUAAUGUCCAAACUGACAUUGACCAAAUUCAAGAAAAGAUCAACUCUUCUGCUACCGCUCUUACAGAAAAAGCAGUGGAUAACUCAGAGGAUAUACAUGAUAUCGUGGACUCAGUGAGAUUGGCUCUUAUUAUAAUAUCUGCUGUGAUGCUUCUCUUGACUUUUGUCGGAUUUGUGCUUUCACUAUUCGGCAAAAAGACCCUUGUGUAUAUCUUGGUUAUAGUCGGAUGGAUCCUUGUGACCGGAACAUUCAUUUUGUGUGGCGUGUUUCUGCUCCUCCACAAUGUGACUGCAGACAGCUGUGUUGCAAUGAAUCAGUGGGUUAAGAACCCAACUGCUCAUACAGCAUUAGAUGAUAUACUGCCAUGUGUAGACAACAUCACUGCACAAGAGACCAUGACAAAAAGUAAGGAGGUCACAUCCCAACUUGUCAAUGUGGUUAACCAGGUCAUCAGCAACGUUUCAAACGUGAAUGUUCCCCCCGGUUUUAAGCCUUUGUACUUCAACCAAUCUGGCCCAUUGCUGCCAAUCCUUUGCAAUCCAUACCAGUCUGACUUUACGAAUCGAACUUGCGGUUCUGCUGAAGUGGACUUGGGCAAUGCAACAGAGGUUUGGAAGAAAUAUGUUUGUCAAGUGUCAUCUGACGGAAUUUGUGUCACAACUGGACGCUUGACUCCAAAUUUCUAUGAGCAGAUGGCUGCUGGCGUAAAUGUAAGCUACGGACUGUAUCAUUACAGUCCAUUCUUAGUCGAACUACAAGAUUGCACCUUUGUCCGUGAAACGUUGAUAGUCAUACAUAGGGAACACUGUCCUGGUCUCCGAAGGUACAGUAAAUGGGUUUAUUCUGGUCUGGUUAUGGUAUCUACUGCUGUAAUGCUGUCUUUAGUCUUCUGGGUGAUAUAUGGAAGAGAGAGGCGGCACCGUGUUUAUACAAAAGCGAUCCACGCUCGUGAUUUUGAUAAGGCUACUUGAAGUAGAAAAUCUGGUUAAAGAGUGACAUGCUCAGAAUGUUCUGUUUGGUACUGUAUUUGGUUCUUUAGGUUUUGUAUAUUGGUGUACCUGUUUUAAGAGUUUCUUUUUGUACACUCUUUAGUGGUGGUUUAUUGUAGACAUGUAGUUCGAAGAAGUCUCUGAGUUAUUCCCUCCUUUUUAUUUAAUGUUGUAUUGAAAUAUGGGAUGAAGUUAUAUAGGGAGCAUGCCCCAUGAAUCAUGAUUGUCAUUUUUUGAUGUAUUAUAUAAUAUUUAGUAAAUUUAUAUUUUA